AUGGUGCCGCAGCAGCCCCGCGCCGGGCACUGCCUGCGCUCGCACAGCGGCGCCUCGGCCGCCCCCAUGCUGCCGUCGCCCGGCGGCGGCCCCGACGACCCGCGGCGGCGGCGCUGCGGCCCCCUCUGGGGCAGCGUGGCCGUCAUGGCCAUCGUGGCGCUGCAGAUCGCCUCCACCACCGGCCUCUUCGUCUACUUCACCAUGGCCAUCUCCAAGCUCAAAGCCCAGUCACAGGGGAGCUCGGAGGAGCUGAGGUGUUUGCAGCUUAUCAACCAGCAGCAGGAGGGUUCAGACCUGGAGGAGCUGAUCAGCAACCAGUCCUGCCUCAAGCUGGCCAAAACCAUCAAAGCCUACGUGACCACGGUGACAGAGAAGGUUGUCCGCAGGAGCACGGUGAGGGAAGCGCAGAUGAGCUACUUGAACACCUCGGAGGGACAGGUUCUUCCCAAGGCACCCAGCAAGCCCUCCGCACAUCUAACCCUCCGUCCUCAGAGCCUGGCCCAGGAUGGAAGCUCCAAGCGCUUUGGGAACCUUUCCCAGUCCUGCCGCCACGCCAUCGCGCGCUGGGAGGACAGCACAAUCCACUCGCACCUGCAGAACAUCACCUACCGGGACGGGCGGCUGCGGGUCAACCAGGCGGGCAAAUACUAUGUCUACUCCCAGAUCUACUUCCGCUACCCCAGCGACGGGGCCAGUGCCCGCAUCUCUGUCCCUCAGCUCGUGCAGUGCAUCAACUGGAAGACUUCCUACAGCCAACCCAUCCUCCUGCUCAAAGGAGUUGGCACCAAGUGCUGGGCGCCCGAGGCAAACUACGGCCUCCAUGCUCUCUACCAGGGUGGACUGUUUGAGCUCAAGGUGGGUGAUGAGCUCUUCGUAUCCGUCUCCUCCCUGGCCAUUGACUACAAUGACGCAGCAGCCAGCUAUUUUGGGGCUUUCCGGCUUGACCUGUGACAUCCUCCUCAUGCUCAUGUUGAUCAUUCUCAGACCAAACUUGUUCCUUCCGUAGUGACUCUCCUGUGCGGCGCACAAACAGUCCUCACAGUCCCAUUGCCUUCACCUGUGCAGGAUGGCAGCCAAAGAGCUGGAAUCCAAGCCAUGGGGAUGCAGUGCAGUUUGAAGCCCAURUUGUCCCUUGGGGCAAGGAACAGAGCCAGAGGAGGACUCAGUAUGUGGUUUCAUGGACAAGGAAGGACCAAGGUUUGCCCCAGGGACAACUACCAGAGCUGGGUUGAGGUUACAUGUGGAACACAGGGCAGGAUAGGCCUCUAGCAAGAGCCACGUCACCAAGAYGCCUUCAAGUGCUCAAAACCCUGUCUCCCAUCCCCUGCAAGGCUCAAGGGUCACAUCCACAGAUACAACAGAAAUCCUCCCCACUGCAGGACAACCCCUGCAAGCCCAAACACACAACUGGCACAGCCAGGCUUGGCAAACCAGGCUGCAACCUGCCGAGGAACCCAGUGUGGAGGCCCAGAAGCUGGGCUUAGCGGAGAGCAGCAGAUGGUGAGCAUAUCCACCAGGCUGGCCCUCCUCCCCUCUCUGCCUGCAGGAACUUGGGAGAUCCAGCACUCAGGUGCACAGUCACCAGAAGGAUAAGAAGGACUUUCAGUUCAGACUGGUUAAAGCCUGGAGUGAUGUGAGCAGUCUUCCACUUCGGAGGGUCAAAGAGCAGAGCCCCAAAGCUGGAUUACUUACCAAUAGAAGCGAAUGCAUCUAAGCAUGAGGUGAAGAUGCACCUUCAUCCUGAGCCAGCGUAGCCAGGAAGGCAGCGUGUGAGCCGCAGAUGCCUGCAGCACCCUGUCCCAACAGAGCCCAGUGCCCUGUGCCUCCGCAUCCGCAUCUCCUCGCUGUCCCCGUGCAAACGCGUCGCAGUGCUGAGAGGGUGCAGUGCUGCUG